AUGCGUCUGUCUGCAGUUUUAUCGCUUCGUAGGAUUGUGAAUAGUGGUUACAGUUCAUUUGAUGUUAUCCCAAAACCGGACAUGUGGAUCAAGCGCGAAAGAUUGAGACAACUUACCGCGUGGCAAUAUGGAUCGGAAAGAACAACAGUCAAAGGCGCUUACAGAAAGCAGGACAAAAUUUAUCAUUAUUUAAAUAUGCAAAGGGAAGAUGAACCAAAACUCGAAAAAUUUUACGCUGAAGAGCGUGUACGUGCAGCUUUAGCUGAGCACGACAUGGAGUAUCCAAAAUUCAAAACUAUCCUCAGCAAAGCUCACAUUCUUCUUGACAAUAUUGUUUUAUCGCAAAUGGCGAUUUAUGAACCUCAUUCGUUCAAAAGUCUCGUCUCUAUGACGAAGGAGCUUGCCCGACAAGAAGGAAUGAAUGUAAUUCCUGAUGAUCCAGAAUUCGCAUAUGACGUUCAUGUAGAUAGCUCAAUCCUUCGAAAGCCACUUCCACGGCCUGUUCAAUUCCCACGAGGUGCCGCUGAAAAUCAUCGACAAAAACCAAGAAAAUUGCGUGAAGACGAGUAUUAG